AUGUCUGUUUGUGUUCAGCUGAAAGUAUUUCCCGAAACAUCGCGGAUACCUAUCUUCACCUACCUUGGCAUUCCUUAUGCAAAGCCACCCAUUAACGAGUUACGGUUUGCCCCACCAGUACCAAGCCCCGGAUGGAACAGAACACUGUACGCCCGUGAUUUCAAACCAAUUUGCCCACAAAUCGAAAACAGCAGCUACGAAGAUUUGGGAAGCGAAAAUCAGUUCCGAUCGCGUGAAACUAGUGAGGAUUGUCUCUAUUUGAAUAUAUGGAUUCCGGAAACAGCAAUACGUUACGGCGGGUUCCCGGUGCUGGUAAUGAUUACGGGCGAGGAAAUGGGUUUUGAUUGGAACGCGAACCGUGCGAGCGGAUUGGACCUUGCCGCUGAUGGUAUCAUCGUCGUGACGGUGCAGUACAGAACCAAUGUCUUUGGAUGGUUGUCCUUAGGACAAAAGUAUGCACCGGGAAACCUGGGUCUGCUUGAUCAGCAACUGGCGCUUGUCUGGAUAAAGGAUAACAUACAAAAGUUUGGCGGUGAUACGAAUCGGUUAACGUUGCUUGGACAUGGGACGACUGGUGGCCCUAACGUGAUGACCCACAUGGUCAGUCCACGCGCAAGGGGUCUAUUUGCACGAGCAAUCAUUAUGUCUGGCACGAUCUUUUCGCCAUAUUCCGAGACAAAUACCGACAUUAAACUGUCGCAAGAAAUUGUUAGAAUUUUGGCAUGCAAUUAUGACAUAGGAAGAAAUGUGUUGAAAUGUCUGCAGCAAAAAAGUAUUCACGAUCUUCUGCGAGCCUAUGAGUACAUUUAUCGCAAUGGAAACUAUACCGUCAAUCUUGGGCCAAUCAUAGACAGCUAUCUAUCUCCAGAGAAACGUUACAUUAUCGAUGAUCCUCGAGCGUUGUUCCAAGCCAAGGCACUAUUCAUGGAGGACAUGCCUAUUCUUUUCGGUAUUACAAGCAACGAGGGCGGAUUCUUGUUCAGCAAGUGGAUUGAGCUAGCUCGUCAAAGCAUUGAUUCUCUCAAAAAGUAUAUUAACGAUACGUUGCUACCCAACAUUAUCGAGCGGUAUGACUUUCAAGGAAUUGGACAAGAUCAGAUUCGAGAAACCAUCAAUUGGCGUUACUUUGAUCAAAUUCCUCAAACAUCGGCACAUCACAUGCAUGCCAUUAUCAAAAUCAUUUCGGAAACACGUUACGAAAUACCCUUCUAUAGAACGCUCAAAGCUCUAAGUUUCCGAAAUAAAUCCGCAAGCACAGAGUCUACCACCAUUCUAGAGAGUUUGUUAACUGAUGCAGACGACAAUGCAGAAAAGCGAUCUAAUGUUAGCAAGCUUUACGUGUACCUAUUUCACCAUCCCAAUUCAAUGGACAUGAGGGGAAAGAUUAACUUUUUUGGUGGAGCAUCACAUUCCUCGGAUUUACCGUUCCUGAUGGGACCAAGUCUGUACAGAGAAAUUGGCCGCCGACGGUUGUCACUGGUGGAAGACAAGUUGUGCAAAAAAUUGCGAUCUUUGUUCUCCGAGUUCAUCAAAGGCGGCAACCCAACUCCCGGCCGCCAAUUUGACUCUUGGAAACCGUACAGCGAUGAACUCAAACACAUCAAACUGAUUUCCGCCAAACCAGAAUCAUUUCACCGAAACGAUCAUACGUCAUUGGAAAACACGUUCGAAGAUAAUUUACAGGAAAUCGAAGAAAAGCUUAUCGGCUCUAUAGACGUACAAGAAACAUCUACUAAUGUAAAUACAUCAAAGAACCCGUACGAACUCAACCCCAACAUGCAGGCUGAUCAAGAAAAUGCGAGGACUUCUAAAAAUGCCGUCUUUCUUGCUAGUGCAAGAGAUUCGGAGUAUUUCUACUAUCUUCGAAAAAUGGACAGUUUCUGGGGCCAGUUUCUACCAAAACUUAGUCAAAUUAUGAACGAAACCAAUCAGGAAAAACUGCGCAAUCGACGAAUUGACCUCACGCUUGAGGAGGAACAAGAUCUGUUUCGGGAAACUGCAGCGGCUUCUAAAUACAAGCACGCCUUUUUCUCCAUGCUCACUCUGGUGUGCAUGCUGUUGGCUGUGUUGUGUAUCCUUUUCGAUCGGAAGAAUCGACGAAAAAAACCGGACGUUAGCAGCAUGGGCGACGAGGACGAAAUUAACGUUACGGCGAUCAGCCAUCACCGAAUCAAAACGGCUGAACGUGUGAUAAGGACUAAUCCACUGUAUGGUGACAAUUUUCGCAAACUUAGCGAAAGCCUUAGCUCGGGCACUGGAGAUAGCAGCGGCGUAAGUGCCAGCAAUCGAAAUGUUUUAGGAACACAUAGAUCUCCGCAUACGAUGCGAAUGGAUCGACCUGUUGCUAUUUUGACCGAUUUAGAUGAAGAUCUGGAAGUCAGCAAUUGGCGUUAUCAACUAUCGGCAAGCCAUUUCACGCCGAAUACUAACACUCGUCGGCAAAGGCAACAACAGCCACUGUGA